AUGGAGCUGGGGCGCCAGCACUUGCGGGGCUUCAGCCUGGGCGCCAGCUUGGUGGCCGCCGCCCUCUUCCUGCUGCGCGAGCCGAGCCUGCGCCAGGCCUUUCCAGGAGCUGCGCCGGAGCUCCAGAAGAUCCCCAUGGCGUCGCCGGAGCCGACGGCUUCAGAAGGCGACGAGCAGGAAGGCACGGAAAGUUUCACGCCGAGCACAUCGACGCCAGAAGGAGGCAACGACCUGGGGCCAACUGCCGGCGGAUCGCCCGUGACGCCGGAAUCGGAACUUCAGCCAAGGCAGCCGGAGCAGAGCCCUUUGAAGGCAGCGUCGAAGCACCGGUGCGGCGCAGAGUUCAUGACCGCGCCCUGCGACAUGUUCAGUUUCAUCGACCAUGACAUGAAGAAGUGGGGGGACAGGAGCAUCCACAACGGCCAGGUCAGGCUUGCAGACAAGCAGGACAAAAACCAAGCCCUGCUGGGCAGCUUCCAUGGUCGCCUUUACCUGGUCUACAAGCAGAAUGUGCGCAAGGAUCUGGAGUUCGGGGCCUUUUGGAAGACCCUGCAGCUGCUGAGCGCCGUUGCGGAGUCCCACCCUUUGGACACGGAGUUCUUGGUCCACAGCUCCGACGUGCCGGUGGAGCCACGCGCCGCGCACCGCUGCGAUCAGGCGGAGCGCUGUGUCUUCUCCACCAGCAGCGGGCCCCGCUUCUGCGACCUCUCGCUGCCUCCCGGGGUGCGGCCCUUCCUGACCGACGAAGGCGGAGACGUGGCCUACGCCGAAAAGCGGAACCUGGGCUUCUGGCGGGGCUCCAUUUGGCCGGCGCGGCGCUGUACAAACGACUGGCGGCGGAGCCCGCGAGUCCUGAUGUGCCAAGAGAGUCUGAAGCACCCGGAGGUGCUCAACGCCUCGCUAGGGGGCUUGGACUGCGGGCGCAAGGAGCCCCCGGAGCUGUGCAAGCUGAUCCAAAGCUGGCGGCCCCAUCGCGUGCCCUUCGACGAGCAGCUGAAGUAUCGCUUUCUGCUCACCUCCACGCCCGCGUGCACCUACACGGGCCGCGUGAGCCGGUUCCUGAACUCCAACUCGGUGGUGGCGAUGUUCUCCAACGGAAAGGAGGCGGUGGGCCAAGUGCUGCACGCUGCCUUUGAGGAAGACGUGCACUUCAAGUACGUGCACGCCGGCAGCUUCGUGGAGGAGGUGCGACAGAUGCAGCGUGACUGGGAGAAGUUGGAGGAGCUGAGCGUGAACGCCCGGCGGAAAUGGUCAUGGGCCACGCACCACGAGACGGUCACCUGCUACAUGUACGAGCUCCUGACGCGUUACACCCGGAAGCUGGCCUAUGUGCCCUCCACCCAUGGCACCAUCCAGGCGCUGCUGCAUCACAGCGCCCCAGCGGAUACUCUCGCAAAGCCCUGGGUGGAGGGCGCCGAGAUCAGGGCCUCAGGUAACAUGCUGGUGGAGUCCUGGCCCCUGAAGGCCAAGGUGGCCCGAGAUUGGGCGCGCGACUGCGCUGAUGUGCGCGCCCGGAUGCCGCCCUGCGGGACGGAGCUGUUCUCCUCACUCAGAUUCCGCCUGCCAGGUUCCUUGGGCUUGUUCUGGGAAGCCACCGGAAGCAAUCAGAACCCGUGCCCACAGGACGAGAAGAUGCAGGGCAAGGCUUUGUUCCAAAAGGCCUAUUGGCUGUUCAGGAGACACCUUUCCGGGGAAGAUGGUUGUGCCUUCUUGUACCGAGGAGCGCCAGAGAUGCAGACGCAGACUUCCCUCAUCUCGCGCGCGAGCUGCCACCGCUGCAUGUGGAUCUCCAGCGUGGCCCUCGCCGUGCUGCUGUUCUUCAGCCGAGCGACGGACGGAAGACCGGGGCCAGGCGAGAUUGCCGAGAGCUGGGGACUGGCGGUGUCAGAGACCAACCGCUCAGGGCCGCCGCCGCUGCUAAAUGCGGAGGAGAGCAACGAGAGGAGUCACAAGCCAGAGGAGGAAGAGGAAGAGCAGAAGGAAGAGGAGGAGGAGGAGGAGGAGGAGGAGGGCGAGCCGCACAAUUCCACGGACGGCGUGGUUUCACCGGCGCUGGACGAGCAACCGGCGCACCCCGUGGGCACGAGGUGCGGCGCGGAGUUUCUGCAGGCGCCCUGCGACCUCUUCAGUUUCAUCGACUUCGACCUCGCGAAGUGGAAAGAUAGGAGCGUGUCGCCGCAGUGGGUGGACCUCCAGGGCUCCCUGGACCCCAGGGAACUGGAUCGCAAGGACGCGCUGGUAGGCAGCUUCGGGGGCCAAGUCUUCUUGGCCUACUCCCCCCUGGUGAAGCUGGACAUUGGCCCGGUGCAGGAGGCCUUGCAGCAGCUCCAGAAGGUGGCGGCGCAGGCGGAGCUCGACACCGAGUUUGUGGUGCACACCUCCGAUAUCCCGGUGGUGGCCAGGCAUCGACGAUGCGACGUCCGCGGCUGCGAGGGCAAGCGGAUCAUCUUCUCCACCAGCAGCGGGCCCCGGUUCUGCGACCUGGCGCUGGGGCCGGGGGUGCGGCCGCCCAUCAGUAUGCGCCGGGCCGACCGGGACGUGGCCUAUGAGGACAAGCUGAACCUCGGCUUUUGGCGGGGCACUGUGGGCCCUGCUGCGCGCUGCGGGCAUUGGAAGAAGUCACCCCGGGUGCGCAUGGUGCAGGAGAGUCAGAGACAUCCCAGCGUGCUCAACGCCUCCCUAGGCAAAUUGGAUUGCUCGCGCCCCCGCGACUUGUGCGACCUGGUGAAGAAGUGGAAGCCGAACCGCGUGCCGAACGACCAUCAGUUCAAGUACCGGUUCCUCCUCACCUCCACGCCUUCCUGCACCUACACCGGCCGCGUCACCGAGUUCCUGUCCUCGAACUCCGUCGUGGCCAUGUUCUCCAACGGAAGGGAUGCCGUGGGCCAAGCCUUGCACGCGGCCUUCCAAGAGGAUCUCCACUUCAAGUAUGUCCAUGAAGACAAGUUCGUCGAGGAACUCCAGGCGAUGCAGGUGGAAUGGCGCUCGCUGGCUCAGCUGCCAAAGCGGGCGGUUCAGAAGUGGACUUGGGCCACCAGCGAGGUUGCAGUCACCUGCUACAUGUGGCAGCUGAUGGUGGGCUAUUCCAAGAAGUUAUCGUAUCAGCCUUCCGUCUCCGGCACCAUCCACCAGCUUCUUCGUGUCGCCAAAGCUGCGCGCGACCGGAAGCCCCUCAUCGCCGAUGCCCGGAUCUCCUCCGCCCAUUUGGGGAAACGCGAGUACAUCCUGGAGCAGUGGCCCGUUGGCCGCGCCCGCGCCGGUUCCUCGGACGCUCUGCGCCGCCUCUGCGCGAAGCACCGAGCCGAGAUGCCGCCCUGAAGCGCCGGGGCGACCCUGGAAUCAAGGUCGCA